AUGUCUAAACCUACACUUGAAACGUCGAAGAAAUUAAUAAAUCUACUAUAUUCAUCAACAGCAUCCAAACUACCUUUGACCAACAAAGGAUCAAUAAUUUCUGAUAUUACCACUCCAACAAUAUCACGAAUAUUAUAUCAAGAUCUGUCGUCUACUUCAGGUAAUACUGAUAAUAUAUUAGAUUUAACAUCUCCUCCAUCACCUAGAUUGAAAUUUCCAACUGAACACAAAUCAUUACGUGAUAUUGGAAUUGUGAAUUCAAAUAUUAUUCGAUUUAAAUGUCCAAUUCUGUAUAUUACUAAAAAUGAUCUAGUUAAAUCAUUACUGACAUUAUCAUUAGGUAAUUUCAAAUAUGAUAAUGAUAAUGAUAUAAAUGGAUUAAGGAAGUUGCCUAGUUAUUAUAAUAAUAAUAAUCAAUUUGAAUUAAUUAAAAAACGAGAUUAUCGAAUAAAUACUAAUCAACCAUUGAAAUUUUUAGGUGAAUAUUAUAUGAUUUUUGAAAAUCAAUUAUUAGCAAAUAAAUUCAUUCAAGGAUCACCAAAUAAUGGUGUUAUUAUUAAUGGGAUGAGAAUACAUUUUGAAAUUAUUAAAUUGAAUGAAUCAAUUUUGAAAAGUAUGAGUAAUGAAAAAAUCAGUGAUUUUAAUAAAAUUAAUGAAAUUUUAUCAAUAAUCAACAAACCAGAAAAUGAUAAUGGUGGUGAUGGUGAUGGUGAUAGUAAUGAUUUUCAAAUUUUGAAAAAUUGGUUAGGUGGUGGUAAUCAAAAUCGUGAUAAUUAUGUUUUAGUUCAAAAUUGGCCAUUUGGAUUAUCAACAAUAUAUAUAUCUAAAUUAUUAUGGAAUUAUAAAUUAUUAGAUAUUAUUAAUAUUAAAACUGAUAUUAAACAACAAUUGAAUAUUGUAUUAUUAAAAUUUGAUAAUCAUAAGGAUUCUUCAAGAUUUAUAAGAAAUUUCCAUGGUCGGAAAUGGGAUCAUUUACAAUUGAAAUCAAAUACAAUUAAUAAAGAAAUUAUAUUCUAUCAACCAUUGUUAUGUGAAACUUUAUGA